UCACUCCGCGGGAGGUUCUGGCUCCCGCCAUUGUUGGGAUCGGGGGUCCCUGUCCUUAGAGCUUCCAGGUCGCCCUUCCCGGGUUUCUGUCUUUCUUAGACCUGGACCUUCCCCGAAAUCGUAGGCAGAACGCCGGGAGACCCCGGAAAGCUAGAGAUGGGUCGUUCUUAGGCACAGUCAUCCUAUGGGAAGUCCUUCGGCUGGAGGUUCCUCUUUGAAACUUUCCUGGAUGACCUGCCCUGUCAGCACGGUCCUUCCCUCGGACUCAGUGGCCUUUGAGGAUGUGACUGUGAAGUUCACCAUGGAGGAGUGGGCUCUCCUGGAUCCCUCCCAGAAGAAACUUUACAGAGAUGUGAUGAAGGAAACCUUCAGGAACCUGGCCUCAAUAGUUUGUAGUUCAGAGGAAAAAUGGGAUAUCCAUGACAGUGAAGAUCAGAAUGAAAAUCAUGGGACAGAUCUAAGCAGUCAAAUGGUAGAAAGACUCCGUAAAAGCAAAGAAUGUAGUCAGUAUGAAGAGAUCUUCAGCCAGAUUCCAUAUCAUAAUCAGAAGAAGAAAAGUCCUACCAGAAUAAAACUACAUAAAUGUACUUUGUGUGGACAAGUGUUCGUGUGUCAUUCAUCCUUUAACAAGCACUUGAGAUGUCACACUGGACACAAACCAUAUGAGUAUCAGGAACGUGAAGAGAAGCCUUAUAAAUGUAAGGAAUGUGGGAAAUCCUUCAAGCAUCGGCAAUCCAUCCGAAUGCAUGAAAGGACACACACUGGACAGAGGCCCUAUGAAUGUAAACACUGCGGGAAAGCUUUCAUUUGUCGCAAUUACUUUCAAAUUCAUGAAAGGGCACACAGUGGGGAAAAGCCCUACAAGUGUACAAAAUGUGGCAAAACCUUCAGUUAUUCAAGUAACUUACGUAAACAUGAAAGGACUCAUAUUGGAGAGAAACCUAGCGAAUGUAAGCAAUGUGGUAAAGCUUUCCGUUGUCUCAGGUCCUUUCGAAUACAUGAAAGGAUACACAGUGGAAAAAAGCCCAAGGAAUGUACAAAAUGUGGUAAAACCUUCAGUUAUUCAAGUAAUUUACGUAAACAUGAGAGAAGUCAUAAUGGGGAGAAACCCUAUGAAUGUAAGGAAAGUGGGAAAGCCUUUCAUCCUCUUGCCAAAUUUCGAAGAUACAUGAUCAAGCAAAGUGGAGAUGGACUUUAUAAAUGUAAGGAGUGUGGGAAAGCCUUCAGGUGUCCCAAAAACUGUCGUAGUCACGAAAUGACACACAGUGGAGUGAAGCCCUAUGAAUGUAAGGAAUGUGGUAAAGCUUUCAGUUCUCCCAGGUCCCUUGGAAAACAUAGAAGAAUUCAUACUUCAGGGAAGCCUCAUGAAUGUAAGGAAUGUGGUAAAACUUUCCGUUAUCCGAGUUCCCUUCGAAAUCAUGAAAGAACUCAUACUGGGGAGAAACCUUAUAAGUGUAAGGAAUGUGGGAAAGCUUUUAGUUGUCCCAAUUACUUUCGAAUUCAUGAAAGAACUCACACUGGAGUCAAACCAUAUGAAUGUAAGCAAUGUGGAAAAGCUUUCAGUUGUCCCCAGUCCUUUCGAAUACAUGAAAAGACACAUAGUGCAGAAAAACCCUAUGAAUGUACAAAAUGCGGUAAAAUCUUCAGAUAUUCAAGUAACUUACGCAAACAUGAGAGAUCGCAUACUGAUGAUAAACGCUAUGAAUGUAAACUAUGUGGUAAGGCCUUCAGCAGUCACUAUUAUGUUCAAAAACAUGAAAGAACUCACACUGGAGAAAAGCCUUAUGAAUGUAAGGAAUGUGGGAAAGGCUUCAUUUUUCGGUCAGGUGUUCGAUCACACAUGGUGAUCCACACUGGAGAUGGUCCUUAUAAAUGUGAGAAAUGUAAGAAAGCAUUUAUUUCUCCCAGUUCGUUACAAACACAUGAAAGAACUCACACUGGAGAGAAACCUUAUCGAUGUAAAAUUUGUUGUAAAGCCUUCAGUCUUAUUCAUUCUUUACAAAAUCAUGAAAGAACUCAUAUGUGAGACAAAGUCUAUGGAAAUAAGGAAUGUAAGAAAGCUGUCAUUUGUUGCUUAGUCUUUCAUGCACGCUGGAGAGAAAUUAUAGAAACAUAUGGAAUGUAGGAAAGCCUUCAGUUGUCCUGUUUCCUUCAGAGCUUACCAGAAAAGUCAAUAGAGAGAAUUUCAUUGAUGGUAAACAAUGUAGGAAAUCUUCACUUGUCCCACAACACUGAAAAUCAUGUUAGAUUAUUCCCUGGAUUCAUACUAUAGACUAAAAAAUAAAAACUUUUUACAGAUAUUUUAAAGGUAGUGUGAAAAUUAUUUGGGAAAGAAAGAAGUAAUAUAGGUAAACUUUGUGAACAUGAAUUCACGGAGAAUACUUAUGAAAAUUCACAACAUU